AUGCACACUAAAAUGAGAGACUUAUAUAGAAAUCUGAUCAAACUUGUGAUGCAGCCGGAGUGCAUGCUCGAUGACAAGCUCGACAAAAUUGAUCCUACCAUCUUGGUCUCGGCGUCCGCAAACAACUAUCGCUACCUGAAGUGGCAAAUAAUGAAAAUGACAUACGUGAGUUCAGAAGAACAACAGGAUUUAGAUGACCAAUGGAGAUGUUUGCCAUCUUACAAACAGAACACACUGGAUACCAAUGAGCCUUCAGAUAUAUUUUGGCAUCAAGUUGCCCAACUACAAAACAAAGAUGGAAAAAAACCAUUUUCAACCUUGUCCAACUUCAUGCUGCAAAUUUUAUGCCUACCACACUCUAAUGCUGACUGCGAAAGAGUUUUCAGCCAAAUAGACGACAUCAAAACCGACAAGAGGAAUAAACUAGUUACAAAAACGGUUACUGGGAAUUUGUUAGCCGAACAAUGCAUCAAAAGACACGGCAAAAAUUGA